AUGGCGGAAGGAGUUCUCUUCAACAUUGCAGGACGGAUCACCCAGAGGCUAGGCUCCCUUGCUUUCCAAGAGAUUGGAUUGCAAGCCAACAAUAAUGAAGUUAAAUUGUGGCUCCAAAGCGUAGAAGAUGCAGUUUAUGAAGCCGAUGAUGUGCUCGAUGAGUUUAAUACUGAAGUUCGGCGGAGACAAGUUAUGCGUGGCAAUACAAAGUUGUUAAAAAAGGUGCGGCUUUUCUUUUCUAGCUCAAAUCAACUUGUUUUUGGACUGAAGAUGGGUCAUAAGAUAAAAGAUAUUAAUGAGAGGCUUCGUGAGGUUGCAUCUCGUAGAACCUUUCACUUAGAAGUAGAUCGUGAAGAUACACAAUUUAAAAGGAGAGAGAGGGUCACUCACUCAUUUGUCCCUAAAGAAAAUAUUAUUAUAGGGAGAGAUAAAGAUAAAAAGGCAAUUAUCCAACUCUUGUUGGAUCCCAUCUCAACUGAGAAUGUGUCAACCAUUUCCAUAAUUGGAAUUGGAGGAUUGGGGAAAACUGCACUUGCCCAACUCAUAUUCGAUGAUGAGAUGAUUCAAAAUCAUUUUGAGUUGAAAAUAUGGUCAUGUGUCUCUAAUGUAUUUGAGUUGGAUAUAGUUGUUAAGAAAAUCCUUCAAUCCGAACAUAAUGGGAUAGAGCAGUUGCAAAAUGAACUUAGGAGAAAAGUAGAUGGGAAGAAGUACCUACUGGUGCUGGAUGAUGUGUGGAAUGAGGAGCGAGAGAAAUGGCUUAGCUUGAAGUACUUGUUAAUGGGUGGUGGAAAAGCGCAGACUUCAGGACAGGCGACGAAGUGUCGGCUCUUUACACUGAAGCUGCCAAGCAUAGAUGAAUUGCUGAGAAGUGAUGCCUUGAAAGACCAUUUAAAGGCAAAGGGUUGCGCACCACCUCGGCUAUGUAAAAGAAACAAGCAGAGAAGAAUGCGGUACAAGGAGCUGGAACAAACUGCUAGAGCACGACGCCUUCCCCUGCAGCACCAUCCAGACAGAAGAGUUUAA